GAAGCGUAUCACGUCUAGAAUACCUAUCCUCGUCGGCGUAUUAACCAUCUAAAAAAGCUUCCUUCCUUUAUUUGUCCUACGAAAAUUUUGUUUUGACCAUCUAACUUGAAUCUCUUUUCCAUGGCUUUCUAUUUGAAAAAUCCAAGAAACAUUAUCAACAACCUUAAAUCAAAGGUCGGAUUAUGGAGUUUAAUGAAGCAGAGUCAUAGUACUUGUUGUUACAGCUCUUGUCUGAAUACCAUUCAUCUUCACCGUUUCCUCCCAUUAACUACUCUACCACAAUUCACAAACCCAGAGUCUAUUUCCCAUAAAAAAGGACAUUUUCCCCAUUUUCAACGUUUUCAAUCCACCACAACUGAGAAACAGAUUGAUUCUGUCCCAAAUGAUGAACACAAUCAGGUAUUGGAUUUUCCAGGAGGAAAAGUUGUUUUUUCUCCUGAGAUGCGGUUUUUAUCCGAAUCUCCUAGUGUGAAUUCCCAGUGCUACCGAGUUCUUGAUGAUGCUGGUCAGCUAAUUAGUCACAGCAACUUUGUACCGGUCAGUGAGGAAGUUGCUGUUAAAAUGUAUAGCAACAUGGUCACCCUUCAAACUUUGGAUACCAUAUUCUACGAAGCUCAAAGGCAAGGAAGAAUUUCCUUCUACGUGACCUCCAUUGGAGAAGAGGCUAUCAACAUUGCAUCGGCAGCAGCACUUACAUCAGAUGACAUUGUUUUCCCCCAGUACAGGGAGCCAGGAGUUCUAUUAUGGCGUGGUUUCACCUUGCAAGAAUUUGCAAACCAGUGUUUUGGAAACAAAGCUGAUUAUGGAAAAGGCAGACAAAUGCCUAUUCAUUAUGGAUCUAACAAGCUUAACUACUUCACCGUAUCAUCAACUAUUGCUACACAAAUUCCUCAUGCAGUUGGUGCUGCAUAUUCUCUGAAGAUGGACAAAAAAGAUGCAUGUGCUGUCACUUACUUUGGUGAUGGUGGCACAAGUGAGGGAGAUUUUCAUGCUGCUAUGAAUUUUGCGGCCGUCACAGAGUCUCCAGUAAUUUUUAUCUGCAGGAAUAACGGAUGGGCAAUUAGUACACCCACUUCAGACCAGUUUCGAAGUGAUGGGAUUGCUGUUAGAGGGCAAGCUUAUGGAGUCCGGAGCAUUCGUGUAGAUGGUAACGAUGCACUUGCGAUGUAUAGUGCAGUUCGCUCUGCACGUCAAAUGGCUGUAAAUGAACAUAGGCCCAUUUUAAUUGAAGCUGUUACAUAUCGAGUUGGACACCACUCCACAUCAGAUGAUUCCACCAAGUACCGUCCUGCCGGUGAAAUUGAAUGGUGGAGAAUGGCAAGAGACCCUGUAACAAGAUUUAGAAAGUGGAUUGAGAUAAAUGGUUGGUGGGGUAGUGAGGCUGAGUCACAGCUCAGAAGCAGCAUUCGGAGUCAGUUAUUGCAUGCAAUUCAGAUAGCAGAGAGAGCUGAGAAACCUCCAGUUAAUGACUUAUUCACGGAUGUAUACGAUAAUAUUCCGUCCAACCUGCGCGAGCAAGAGAAACUUCUGAAAGAAACCAUCAAUAGACACCCCAAAGAUUACCCUGCAGAUGUUCCGAUUUAGGUGAACCAUAUUUACUUACAAGCAGUGAUUACUUUUUCUACGAAGCUUGAACUUGUGAUCCUGCAAUUAGUUACAAUAUGAAGCAGACUUAAUUAUGAUGAAGUAUUAGAAAGCAAGAAGCUUUCUUGGAUUCAAAUGCCUGGAACAGUGAAAAGGAUGAAAAACAAAUUUGUUUUUGGAUAAGUAAUUUUAUAAUCCAAAGAAGCAGGAUGACAUGCAAUAUCAAGACAA